AGUGCAGUUGCGUUUUCUCUCCGCUCCUAAAGGGGGCGCGCUGAUGCUUUUUGUGCUUCAGGCCAACUUUAUAUUUGCAGCGCUGGCUCAUGCGAUCUCGGCUACUUCCGCCGGUCAGACAGCUCCUAGCAGAUUUAAACUGAAGAACAACACAAUAAAGUGUGUUAUAGGUCCUUUUUCCAAGUUUUUUUUUAAUGUUUUAUUUUAUGUAGGGUUUUGGUUGUGUGUUGGCCAUGUUUGUCUUAGAGAGAGUUAGACCUGCACACAUGUUAGCAUGAGAAGUGUUUAAAUCCAAAAGCAGUGGUAAUGAUGUAAUGUAUGUAUUAUGGCUGCUCACAACAACACAACAUCAGAAGAUGAUUUCCCAACUUUGAAGCCCAGACGCAUCCAGAACCAGAAUGUUGUCCACCGACUAGAGAGACGUCGGAUCUAUUCGGGUGCCCCUGGAGCUCACUGGUACCGUGUGCGCUGCUUCCACCAGAACCUCUUCCCCAACUUCACUGUGGUGAAUGUAGAGAAGCCUCCCUGCUUCCUGCGCAAGUUCUCCCCUGAUGGACGGUGUUUCAUUGCCUUCUCCUCUGAUCAGACUUCCCUGGAGAUCUACGAGUACCAGGGAUGCCAAGCAGCAGAAGACCUUCUCCAAGUCCAGGAGGGCGAAACCCUGGCUAAUGGGAAUGACCAGCGGUCCCUCAACAUCAGAGGCAGGCUAUUUGAACGUUUCUUCUCUCUUCUCCAUGUCACCAAUGUGGCCUCCAACGGUGAACACUUGAACAGAGAGUGCAGUCUGUUUACAGACGACUGCCGUUAUGUGAUUGUUGGCUCUGCUGCCUACUUGCCCGAAGAACCUCAUCCGCACUUUUUUGAGGUGUAUCGCAACAAUGAGUCGGUGACACCGAAUCCACGCUCUCCUCUUGAAGACUACUCUCUACACAUUAUAGACCUGCACACGGGCCGACUGUGUGAUACACGCACCUUUAAGUGUGACAAGAUCAUUCUCUCACACAAUCAGGGUCUCUACCUGUACAGAAAUAUACUUGCUGUGCUCUCUGUGCAGCAGCAGACCAUACAUGUCUUUCAGGUGACACCAGAAGGAACAUUCCUUGACGUCCGCACCAUAGGACGUUUUUGUUAUGAGGAUGACCUCCUGACUCUGUCUGCGGUUUACUCUGAGGCCCAGGCUGAAGGCCAGCCCGGUUUCUCUCGCCUGUAUAAAGAGAAAACCAUCAACUCCCUGAAGCACCGACUGCUUGUGUACCUCUGGAGGAGGGCAGAGCAGGACGGCAGUGCCAUGGCUAAGCGGCGGUUCUUUCAGUUCUUCGAUCAGCUCAGGCAACUGCGCAUGUGGAAGAUGCAACUCCUGGAUGAACACCACCUCUUUAUUAAGUACACUAGCGAAGACGUGGUCACACUGAGGGUCACUGACCCCUCGCAGCCUUCAUUCUUUGUGGUUUACAACAUGCUGACGACUGAAGUGAUUGCGGUUUUCGAGAACACUUCAGAUAAACUUCUGGAGCUUUUCGAGAACUUCUGUGACCUCUUCCGAAACGCCACUCUCCACAGCGAGGCUGUGCAGUUCCCGUGUUCUGCUUCCAGCAACAAUUUUGCUCGUCAAGUGCAACGCAGGUUCAAAGACACCAUAGUGAAUGCCAAAUAUGGAGGGCACACAGAGGCGGUCAGGAGGCUUCUUGGACAGCUUCCCAUCAGUGCCCAGUCAUACAGCAGCAGUCCAUAUCUGGACCUCUCCCUCUUCAGCUACGAUGACAAGUGGGUGUCUGUAAUGGAACGGCCGAAGACCUGCGGUGAUCAUCCCAUACGUUUCUACGCGAGGGACUCGGGGUUGCUGAAAUUUAAGAUCCAGGCAGGCCUGCUGGGCAGACCCAUUAACCACGCAGUCAGAAGACUGGUAGCAUUCACUUUCCAUCCAUUUGAGCCCUUUGCCAUCUCCGUGCAGCGCACCAAUGCCGAAUACGUUGUCAACUUCCACAUGCGCCAUGGAUGUGUAUGAUUAUUAUGUGCGAGCGAAAUAAAUCGGUGACACUUUUUGUCAGAUAGAGAAGAUGCAUGGAGCCAAAUGUUUGUGCAUUUUGAAAUUGAUUUUUUCUUUUUAUACUUAUCUUUUUUAGAAUAAAGUUUUAUUUAAAACAGAUGUCUUUUAUGCAGUUACACUAAACUAUGUAUAUAUAUAUUUGGAUAUUUUAUAAUCUUUUUUACUAAUUUGCAAUGUGCAAAUGAAUAUGGGUUUUGUAGGACAAUAUUGUAGUGUCUAUUAGAAUUUAGAUUGUUUGCGUGGUUUUUAAACGUAUUCUCACUGAGAGUGAAAUAUAUGAUUUUAGUCACACUAGUCCGACAUAUUUUACCCCCUAUAUUUAGUUUGCUUAUAAAUAAAGACAACAAAGAUAUUCAUAGUUCACAUUCAUCUAAUAUCAUUUUUUAAAUUGCUGAAAAAGUAUAGAAUAUGCUAAUGCAUCCUUUUAGCAGGUUUUACCCUCACAAGUUUAAUGAAAUAGUGUAGCUUCCAUUACCCAAGCUGCUCCCACAUAGUCGAUCAGCAUUAACCAAAAACAGAGGUGGGUUCGCACCACAAUCGUCAACAUCGCAAACCACUUAAUGCUACAGUAAUAACAACAAAAACUAAUUCUGAAAUUGAUUCAUUAGACCCAGUUUACUAAGUCAGAGGCUUCCCUUUGGGAAUAGGAUUGUUCAGUUGAUAGAGCAGAGGUUGAAGAAAAUGAAUCUGUUUAAACAACCACUUCAGCACUGAUUGAAGGACAAUUAUCGAAACUGGAGAAUGCAACACCUUUGAAAAACAGCAUUUUUGAACUAACAUGCAGAGGGUGUCGGUGGGUAAAGAGCAUGUCAAAUCUCUCCCCACCAGUCAUAAAGCUUUCUUUUCUUGAAGUUCUGCAGUGUGCCAUUUUUUAAGUGGACCCCUAAGUGCAACUACUGUAAGUGUAAUCAUUCUCUCAGGCAGAAUGAAUACGAAUCCCUGAUGUCCCGCUAGUUACUGACAGAAAUUUCCCCUGUCCACCAAGAUGACCGCGUUCUUGUAGGUGCUCGAGGCGCGGUUGUGCACAGGGCCCCUGAACGCAGGAAUGAAUGCUUUUAGCCGCGGACUGGAUUGAAAAGUGUGAUCCUAGGGUUCGGUGUGGGCGGGAGUGGGAGGGUGUCGUCUGUGCU